GUCAGAGCAAGAAGCAACACGUGCUGAGAGCCAGAGAGCCACUGAGAGAGAGAGAGAGAGAGAGAGAGCCAUGCCACCAGAGGUGACGUUACUACUGUGUCUCCUGGCUCGGGUCUCCACCACGAGCAAUGUCGAAUCAGGACCCAGGACAACACCUCCUGGUUAUCUAUUCUCCUACGGGGUCCACGACGAGAAAACUGGCAACAGCUUCGCUCAUCAAGAGACCAGGGGCGAGCAGGCGACCUCUGGCGAAUACCGGGUCGCCUUACCAGAUGGGCGGACUCAGGUUGUGAAAUACACGGCUGACAAGAACGGUUACAACGCCGUGGUUAUGUAUGAAGGAGUGGCGGUGCAUCCGGAUGAACAAGGGGAGGAUGAGAAGUCGAAGCGUCAUCCAGUCACUCAUCCGCCAGGGGAUAGUCACGUGCAUCCAACUCAGGGACAUCCACAUCAUCCGUCAGAUCAUGUUUCGCCUAAUCGUCAAGGGGUCUUUGGGUCCUCGAGUUUGGUUCAUCCGUUGUCUCAUCCAGGGCUGGUGGGUGAUUCAAGGUCUCAGCCAGUUCAUCCACAUCCCCAGGUGGUGGAUGUAGAUUAUGGUUCAUUGGAUUAUUUUGAGGUUCAUCCACUGCUGUCUUCGCCGACGUCGCAGCAUCAUCCAUCAGAAGCGGUUCAUCAUCAUCCAGAAGCGGUUCAUCGUCAUCAUCCAUCUUCGUUACUAGGCAUUGGACCGGUACAUCAUCAUCCGUCUGCAACACCGGUUCAUCAUCAUCUUCAAUCCCCGGUUCAUCCAACGGUCCAUCCUAACCAUCAUGACGUGGUUCAUCCAACUCACAGCCCGGUCCACCUAACAUCUCCUGGCCUGGUCCAUCCAACUCAUGGCCCGGUCCACCCAACAUCUAGCGUGGUCCAUCCAACUCACAGCCCGGUCCACCCAACAUCUGGCCCGGUCCACCUAACAAAUGGCCCGUUCCACCCAACAAAUGGCCCGUUCCACCCAACAAAUGGCCCGUUCCACCCGACAAAUAGCCUGUUCCACUCAACAAAUGGCCCGUUCCAUCCAACAACCGGCUCGUUCCAUCCAACAAAUAGCCCGUUCCAUCCAACAACUGGCCAGGUCCACCCAACAAAUGGCCAGGUCCAUCCAACAACUGGCCCGUUCCACCCAACAAAUGGCCCGUUCCAUCCAACAACUGGCUCGUUCCAUCCAACAAAUAGCCCGUUCCAUCCAACAACUGGCCAGGUCCACCCAACAAAUGGCCAGGUCCAUCCAACAACUGGCCCGUUCCACCCAACAAAUGGCCCGUUCCAUCCAACAACUGGCUCGUUCCAUCCAACAACUGGCUCGUUCCAUCCAACAAAUAGCCCGUUCCAUCCAACAACUGGCCAGGUCCACCCAACAACUGGCCCGUUCCAUCCAACAACUGGCCCGGUCCACUCCUUCAUUAACUUCCACCCUACUACUGUCCCACACCACCAAAAUGUCCCGACUUUCAGAGUGGACUUCGCUAAACGUCCCAAGACGGACCUGUCCCUCUUUGUUCCGGUACAGGAUCUCCACACAGCCGACUUCCGGGACAUCAUAGCAAAUGGCGUCACUGUGAGCCCGAGUUCGUUCCCGCAGCUUCCAGGGACCGAUUCAUUUCAUAUAGAUCCCAUCACUCAACAUGUAACUCCUAUCACCCAUCAUGUUACUCCAAGACCCCAUCACGGUACCCCAAGACCCCAUCACGGUACCCCAAGACCCCAUCAUAUUUUCCCCAUUUCCCAUCAUGAUUCCCAAAAAUCCCUUCAUGGUAGUUCCAUUUCUCAUCUUGGUACUUCUGUUACACAUCAUGGUACCCCAUCUCCUUCCCAUCAUGGUAGCAUUUCUCCCCAUGGUCAUCUAGCACCCAAUCAUAUUAUGACCGUCUCCCAUCAUGGUAGUCCUUCACCCCAUCACCUUGUAAGCCCAUCACCCCAUCAUCUCCUCACCCCAAGGUCCCAUCAUUCCACUUCAUCACCUCUACAUAAUGUCAGUCCUUCACCCCAUCACAUAACCUCCUCACCCCAUCACAUAACCAGUCCUUCACCCCAUCACAUAACCUCCUCACCCCAUCACAUAACCUCCUCACCCCAUCACAUAACCUCCUCACCCCAUCACAUAACCUCAGAAACGUUCACUGGCAUCGAAAUUAAACCAGAGACAUUACCCUACAAUACCUAUCACCCAGGGAUCCCACAGUCGACCCAGGUGUGA